CUAAAAUGGCACUAGUACUUUCGUCGAUUGCAAUUUGCACAGUGUACAAACUACCAAGCAACUCUGAGGUUUCAGUUGCUGUAAAUCCCAAAUCUUUGCCAACCAACCAUAUUCAUUAUCCAUAACUCCCAUAUUCAGAGGAGAAACCAAAUUAGGAAUAAACGAGUGACACAAACUUAAAGAUAUGAAGCUUUCCUUGAAAUUUCGAGAAGAAACUCACCAUCACAACCCACUUUUACGAGCUAAAAUUCCCGUCACUAUCCUCGGUUUCCCCUUCCUCACCGGAAUAGUUGCCGGCGAUUCUUCCGACCUCUCUUUCUCUCUCCGUUCCAAUUUCUCUUCUGGUCCUUCUCUUUCUCUCUCCUACCAUCCUACCAUCUCUCCUCCCUCAAAUUACCCUUUUUCUCUAUCUCUUAAAUCUGGUAUCGGCCUUUUUGGUUCCCCUCAAAAUUCCCCUCUUAGCUUCACUGCCAAUUUCAACCCUAAUUCCCUAACCCCAACUUUCUCUCUCUUCAUCAAACCCCAAUUCGGAAAUUUCUCUCUCUUCAAAUCUGUUUCUUCGUCCAGUUCUAGCUCAAUUUCAGUUAAUGGGUGCCCACAAAAUGGGGAAUUAUCAAGUGGGUCGGUGUCGGAAUUUGAGAUUAUGGACGGUCCAGUGGAUGGGUCGGGUGGGAGGGGUAAGGCGUUAGAGUGGAGGGAUUUGAAGAGGAAUUCGUCGAUUUUGUCUGGGAUUUUGGUUGCGGCGAGGACUUCAGUGCCUUUGACGAAGAGGGCAGUGGUUAAUUUUAGGUGGGGGGUGAGUUUUCCACCUGAGAGUGGCGUUUUGGAGGCGAAACCGCAGUUUCCGGUGUUGGUGAUGAAUAAGAUUUCAUUGGAGAGGGUGGACGAGGUGAGGAAAGAGGAGGAUAAUAAGAAGAAGAGGGUUGAGGAGGCGAAAGCCGGGGACGUGGAGCUUUUGAAAGGGAUGUGUAGCUGGAUGAGAAGAGAAGUGGAGGAUUUACAGAGGGAAAAUAGGGAGAUGAAGCAGAUUUUGGAGGUUAUGAGGUUGAAGGUUCCGGCUUCGAGGGGUCGAGGUGAGGAAAGGGAGAGAGAAGUUGUUGGGAAGAAGAUUAUGCCAUUACCAAGUAGUGACAGUUCUAGUGAGUUUGAGAGGUGGAGGAGCAAAAAAGGUGGUGGAAAUGGAAAGAGUGAUGUUGAAGAGAAUGGGCAUAGAGAAUCAAAGAAGUCACAGAGUAGGAUGAGUGAAGUGGAAAAUGAAUUGCAAAAGGCCAUUAAAGCUGCUUCAUCUUGAGCGAGGUCUGAGACUUUAAGCCUUCAUUAUACCCGAAUGUUGCAAGUAUAAAAAGACGCAGGAAGUAUAUAUUUGAACGACCAUGAGAGCAAUGAGAAGCCAUUCAUGAACUCAUCACUCAUGCACCUUUCACCGCCCUUGAAAAGAGGACACACCAGCUUAAAACCGAACCUCAGAAAGACAGCAGGCUAGCUCCCCUAAACCGAAAGAGUUCAGUCUCAAUAAGUGCGAGACGCAUCGAACCUUGCUACUGUACUCGUUAAUAUCCCCGGAGCACAGUUUAAAGAUGAUUUUUUUAACAGGUAGUUCUAAGAUCUUCAAAUGUAGUAUGAAGUUGUAUUUUUCUGGGUCUGGGGCAAGCCAUUCAUCUUUGUUAGCCUUUUCGCAAAUGGGUUUGCUGUAGCUUUGAUUAACUUUAGCUGGUUUCCUAGAAAAGGUUUAGAUGCCAUUUAUAGUUCGGAUGCUAGUGUGCUACUGCAUCUUAACUCAAUGGAGUAAUAAACUAAUUAUUA